AUGCUUCCGAGUGUAUACCAUCCAGCAGAUCAUACCACCAGUCCAAUUGGUUACAAUCUGGACAAUUUAAGAUCACCAUAUUCUCCAACCCAGAAGCCAAGUAAUGUUUCCUCAAUGGUAUCGACGUUGGAUCAACGAAGGUCUACUCCAAAGCUACCAUCCAUCCACCAAUUAACAAGUCGAACCAUUGAAAGGAUAAGUAUGUCGCCAAAAGUUAAUCAACUCCAAGUGCCUCAGCAAUUCCCUGUCCCUUCUGUGCAGUUGGCAACACCCUUGCCACCACCACUGCUGGCGUUUCAACAAAAUUAUACUUCCACACCUACACAACCAUCAUAUCCAAUUGCUCUGUCGCAUAUACAACAAUUGCAUCCAUUACGCCUGCCCGUGAACAGACAAUACAUCUUUACUCAAAAUUCACCCGCAUCACCUAUUUCACCUAUUCUUUCACCAUAUUUUACGACACAACAAGGCGGGCAAGGCUACAGUCCACCAACUUACCCAGUGUCAUACACGAGUCCUUCAACAUCUUACUACUCAAAUAAUCCACAGUAUCCGGUCCAACAGUUGUCAUCGCCGUAUGUUCAACCUAAAAUUCCAGUCGGGGUAUCCCAACAAUCUCGGUCAAGCGACACAUCAAAGACUAGUUCCGUGGUUAAAACGAUCUCCAAAAUCAAAAAGCCCGGCAAACAAGCCAGAAGAAGAAGAAAAAAGUCCACAUCGAACGGGUCACACACCAAACUACAUACCAAAACUGGAUCACUGAUCUACAACAGGAAACCAAGGCAAACUUUAGUCUUUAAUGAAAAUUCGAUCCAUUAUCCUGUGCACAGAGAUCUAACCAGGUUGAUAAAUACCAACAAGAUCCCUUCUUCAGUCGUGCAACAACUAAAUACAACUAUUUAUUGCCAAAUUGAUACUAAGAAAUAUUCCACUUCCGCCUUAGAUUCACAAAGAAACUUUCUCACUGUAUUUGAGUAUACGGUCAAUGAUCACUGGGUAAUAUGGGAUUACGAAACUGGGUUUGUUCAUUUGACGGGGAUUUGGAAGGCAUCUUUAAAUGUUGAUGGUGAAGCUCCGCCAUGUGCUUCGCAUUUCAAAGCUGAUAUUGUGAAAUUGCUCGAAUCAACGCCAAAACAAUACCAGGCUUAUAUCAAGCGUAUUAGAGGUGGCUUCUUGAAAAUUCAAGGGACUUGGUUACCUUUCAAGUUGUGCAAGAUAUUAGCAAGAAGGUUUUGCUACAAUAUUAGAUUUUCUUUAAUACCAAUUUUUGGCCCAGAUUUUCCCGAAGCGUGUUUGCAUCCUAAUGAUCCGGGCUAUGGUGAGUUGAAGUUGGAUGACUUAAAGAACUAUGAGCAAGGUGAUUUGCCAGAACCUGCAGAUGGUGAGAAUACGAAUGAAGGUUAUCAAGAACAACUCGCAGGUACUCAGAAAACUAUGGAGACAAAAAGUACUAUACUUCCUGCGGACCAUCUACAACCUUUACAAUCACCCAUUCUGAAGCAAUCUGCUAACUUAGCUUCACCUGUUAGUACGAACAGUGGUUCAUCAAAGUUUGUCGAUGUUGAACAGCUUCCACCUGUGGGUACUUUUUCAUCACCAUCAACAGGUCCUACAGCUUCUGGACAGGAGACUGAACAUGGCCGUCUGCAACAAGCAAACUCAUACGAACGACAAAGUUGCUUGCCUUUAGCUUCUACGACCUUCCUCAAAAGUCUCGAUCAACAUGGUUCGACCUCAACGAGCAGUGAGUCGUUAAAUUCGGUGUUUACGCAGAAAUCACCUACUCAAUUAACUGCCCAAAGCAAAGCACAAUCUUAUAGUGACUUACUUGAGAUUGUUAAUGCUUCCAAGUGCCUUCAAUUGUUGAGGCAGGAGCAGGGCAACACGAAAAUACUUCUGUCACCACUUGAGCGUUCUAGUAGUAGCCACUCAGGGAAGCUUGUUGCAUGGGAAGAUGAAACUGAUGAUGAGGUUGAUGACAUGACUAGCAAGAUUCGUUCUACUAAACAGAUUAAUCACAAAUUAGACGAUGGCAUUUCAUCAAUUUUGAUAGCUGCUGAACUAAAUAAGUCAUUUGCAUACAGCUCUGAUCUCAGAUCAAGCAUGAGUAUUAAAGAUUUGUCAACAUAG